AUGAAGUAUUCUACACUUGUUAGUAUUGCUGCUUUUAUUAGCACUUCUUUAGCUGCUACUGUUCCUGAUGAACAUUAUUCAACAUUAUCACCUUCAGCUAAAAUUCCAUCUGGUGCUAGUACAGAUUUCAGUGGUACUUUUGGUAUUCAAGUUGUUACUGUUGAAUCAGCUUCUGCUCUUUCAACUGAUACUGCUACUUCUACAUUGACUAGAAAUGAUAACAAAAAAGAGGCCACCCCUGUUGCACAAAUAACUGAUGGUCAAGUUCAACAUCAAACUACUGGUGGUGUUUCUGCUAUUAAACAAAUUAGUGAUGGUCAAGUUCAACAUCAAACUAAUGCUGCUCAACCAAUUGCUCAAAUUAGUGAUGGACAAAUUCAACAUCAAACUACAGCAAAAGCCACUGCUACACCAGUACAACAAAUCAAUGAUGGACAAAUCCAACAUCAAACUACCGUUCAACCAGUAGCUCAAAUCAGUGAUGGUCAAAUUCAACACCAAACCGCCAAGGCCACUGCCACUCCAGUUCAACAAAUUGGUGACGGUCAAAUCCAACAUCAAACUACCGUUCAACCAGUAGCUCAAAUCAGUGAUGGUCAAAUCCAACAUCAAACUGUUAAAGCCUCUGCUACUCCAGUUCAACAAAUUGGUGAUGGCCAAAUUCAACAUCAAACCACUGCUGCUGCUGCUACUACUGCUUCUGCUGUUAAACAAAUCAACGAUGGACAAAUUCAACACCAAACUACUACUGCUGAAAAUGUUGCUAAAGCUCAAUCUGACGGUCAAGCAAUUGCAACUGGUUCUCCAUCAUCCAACUCAACUUUAUCUGAUGACGAUGACUUAUCUUCAACAAUUCCUAAAGCUUGUUCAUCUGCAAACAAUUUAGAAAUGACAUUACAUGAUUCUGUUUUAAAAGAUACUCAUGAACGUUGGGGUGCUAUUGUAGCUAAUCAUCAAUUUCAAUUCGAUGGACCAAUUCCUCAAGCAGGAACAAUUUAUAGUGCUGGUUGGUCAAUUAAAGAUGGAUAUUUAUAUUUGGGUGAUUCUAAUAUCUUUUAUCAAUGUUUAUCAGGAGAUUUUUAUAAUUUAUAUGAUGAAAAUGUUGCUAAACAAUGUUCAGCUGUUAAAUUAAGUGUCAUUGAAUUUGUCAACUGUUAA